UCACAAAGCUCGUGUUCGCAAAAUAUUCUCACUACUCUCUCUCUCUCUCUCUCUCUCUCUCUCUCUCUCUCUCUCUUUCUAGAACGCAGUGUGUCUUGCAAACCCUAGAUCAGAAUCAUGUCUGGAGCGUACGGUCAAGAAGGCGGCGGCGGCUCUGCGCCACCGUCAUAUGGAGCUACAGGAGGCUACGGUGCCUCCGGUGGUUAUGGAGGCGGUGGUAAUUUCGGAGGUGGAGGCUAUGGAGGAGGCGGCUCCGGUGGAGGGGGUUAUGGUGGAGGUGGUGAUGGCGGAGGGGGAUACGGAGGGAAAGGCAGCGGUGGAGGGGGUGGAUAUGGCAGUGGUGAUGGCGAUGGUGGAAGGAGCGGAGGAUAUGGUGGAAACGAUGGCGGAGGUUAUGGUGGAAGGGGAGGCGGCGGUGGUGGUUAUGGUGGUCGGGGAGGAGGUGGAGGCUAUGGUGGUCGAGGAGGUGGUGGUGGAUAUCAAGGUGGUGGAGAUCGCGGUGGACGAGGUGGUGGUCGUGGCGGCCGCGGUGGCGGUGGUAGUGGCGGCGGCGGUGGUGGUGGGGGUGGGUAUAACAGAGGAGGAGGCGGUGGGGGGUAUAGUAAUAACAGAGGGGGUAGAUCUGGUAACUAUGAUGGAGGCAGGGGUAAUGACUAUACUGGUGGUAGGGGUAGUAAUAAUGAUGGUAGAGGUGGAGGUGGAAGUAGAGGUGGUUCUUAUGGUGGUAAUCAGGGGAGAGAGGACGGUGGCUAUGGUCAAGUUCCCCCUCCUGCAGCCCAAACUUAUGGUGGUUCUGCUGGUGGUAACUACCCACCCUCCUAUAAUUCUUAUGAUGGAAAUUCAAAUUAUGGAACAGAUGCUGGUCCCCCACCUACAAGCUAUACUGGUGGACCUACUUCAUAUCCUCCAUCUUAUGGAGGUAACACGGGUGGUUAUGGUGGCGAUAAUGUAGCCGAUUCACGUGGGGGUGGUAGAAGUGGGCCCCCAGGAGGAUAUGACAGUGGUUAUAAUGCUGGCGCUGGCGGUGGUGGUCGAGGUGGGUAUGGUGGUGCUCCUGCUGAGCCUGCAGCUCCGGUGAAGCAGUGUGAUGAGAAUUGUGAUGAUACCUGUGACAACUCUAGAAUCUACAUUUCCAACCUACCACCAGAUGUGACUACUGAAGAAUUGAGAGAACUUUUUGGAGGCAUUGGUCAAGUUGGUAGAAUAAAGCAGAAGAGGGGUUAUAAGGAUCAGUGGCCCUGGAAUAUAAAAAUAUACACUGAUGAGAAUGGGAAUAACAAGGGUGAUGCCUGCCUUGCUUAUGAAGAUCCCUCUGCAGCACACUCAGCCGGCGGUUUCUACAAUAAUUACGAUUUGAGGGGUUAUAAAAUCAGUGUUGCAAUGGCAGAAAAAUCUGCACCACGGCCUGCAUAUAAUCAUGGGGGCAAUAGAGGUGGCUAUGGUGGAGAUAGGCGCAGAGACAAUUAUAGAGAUAAUUCUGGGCCUGAUAGACGUGAGCAUUAUGGUGGGAACCGGUCACGACCCUACUGAGAGCUCUGACAUGAGCAUUUUAUGUACUAUGAAUUGUGGGCUGAGGGAUUUAUUAUUUCAGUUGGCUGGUUUCUUGAACUGGAAGCAAAGAGGUAGGUUGUUCACGUACUUUGAGCAGAGGCCUCUUUGCUCCUUUGUGUUUCCUGUCACUGGCUGGUAGGUUUUUGAUCUUUAAACAGGGAUUAAUUCAAUCAUGUGAAUGUUUUUAUAGAGACAAGUGGAUAAUCUCCAAAUUGCUUGCUGCUAAGGUAGGUUGAUUUUUCAGGUGAGUGUCGCUUUCAUGAAAAUGUGUUUUAUACUUGCUUGGAAUAAAACCAUGUGUGGUACAAGCUGGUAAUGUCAUUAACGAAUAUAAUACUAUAUUAGUCAUAGUUCCAUAGGAUCAUUAAUGAAUCCGAAUGAGAGAGUUUGUCGUCUAUAAUAUGCUUUUGACAGAAAAGUGGAUAGGUUGGCUGCUAAAUUGCAUUUAUAAUCAUGGCCAGUUGAAAGGAAAGCGAUGACUUAGUGGAAUAUGUUUUAAGCAGUAUUCAUUUACAACAACAUAUGCAUUUGAUUGGACAAUGCCCAUAUUUUGAAACCAACACGGUGAGUUAAAAUUAUUGCAUUGAACAGGAAUGGCAUGAGUUAGCAAUUUUGUCAUGGUUGUGUUAUUGCAUUUGAGUAGUGAAACUAGUCCUUGAUUGAUUGGCGACUUAUCAGGUGGCAGGUUUACUGAAAUACGGAAAUUCGGAAUAUUUUACCAUGUCUUUUUGUGUAUUAUUUAAUUAAAGAAAUGAUGCAAUUUCAGAUUCAGAUAUUUUCAUUGCAGUAGAAAUUCAACUCAUACAUUAUUGAUUUGAGUGCAGAAGCCCUUUAAACAAAACCCCAUGACAGAAACCCCCCCUCUUUUUGCCUUUUAUUGGUUUAUCUUUUUUCCAGUCUUAUUCUUAAGUCGAAUCAAACCAGCAUCAAUUUUUAUAUUAAUAAUGUAUAAAGUCUCUUAUUCGCCCUUCUCUUAGGUUUGAACAAGUAUUAAUAAUAAUAAAUAAUAGCUAGUGUGUGCAUUUUUAACUGUUCGUUAUACGCAUCUAUUGGUAUUAUCUUCUGCAUGGUUUAGAUAUACGUUGUAGUUCAGAUUUCCAUGCAUCUAUUCUACGGUGAUUAUCUGCAAUGGGGAUUGGGGGCAAUGGCAGAAUAUGCCUUAAAUCGUGGUUCUUACAUCAAGCUUCCAUGGUUCUUUGCUUAUUCGGGGAAUCACUUGCUAACAGAAUGCCCUUCAUUUUGGUCAUACGACAGUUACCAACGCCCAAUGUUCUUCCCUUAGCUUGUCUUUGCUCGAGUGAAUGUACUUGAAAACCAUAUAGUUGAUCUAAGAUACAAUUAAAUUGGUGGUCGGGCUUUCUUUUUGCCGCAAAUGGACCCGUGAAUGCUGCUUUGAUUUUGUUCUCGUCUUUGUACUUGUUUCUUCAUAAUGUUGUGAUAACAUACCAUCUUUGUAACAAAUGAAAGCCCUCUCCUUAAUAUC